UCCUGCGCCAUCCGAGGGGGUCGGCCGGCAUGAAGAAAGGGGAGGCCUCGUCCGGGGGGGAGGCUCCGCCGCCGGGGCCCUCUCCCGUGCCGGGCUUCCUGGCCAAGCUGUGGGCCCUCGUGGAGGAUCCCGGGAGCGACGACGUGAUCUCCUGGAGGCCGGAUGGGCAGAACUUUUGCAUUCUGGAUGAGCAGAGGUUUGCUAAAGAGCUGCUUCCCAAGUACUUCAAACACAACAACUUGUCCAGUUUUAUUCGCCAACUGAACAUCUAUGGCUUCAGGAAAGUGAUCGCUCUAGAGAACGGGAUGAUGGUCUCGGACAAGAACCCUGCCAUUGAGUUCCAGCACCCCUUUUUCAAGCGAGGGAGAGCCAACCUGCUGGCAAACAUCAAACGGAAGGUGUCUGCCGUCAGAGCCGAAGACCUCAAGGUCUGCCCGGAGGACUUGCACAAAGUGCUCUCGGAGGUCCAGGACAUGAGGGAGCAGCAGAGCAACAUGGACCUCAAGCUGGCCAGUAUGAAGAGGGAAAACGAAGCGCUCUGCAAGGAAGUGGCGUCUCUGCGACAGAAGCACAGUCAGCAGCAGCAGCUUUUGUCCAAGAUCCUGGAAUUCAUCCUCGGCUUGAUGAGAGGAAACUGCAUUUUGGGGCUCAAGAGGAAAAGACCUUUGGCCGACGCUUCAGGUGGCUCGUCUUCGAAAUACAGCCGCUCCUACGUUCGCAUUCCUGUGGAAGAUCGUGACUCAGCAGCUAUUUCUAAGCAUGGUCUGGACUGUGAGGACUCUAUUAUAAUUCGUGACAUCACAGAUUCUCAGGAGGAAGAGGAAGGUGGCCCAGAGAAGCUGCUGGCGCUGGUGCACACGUCCAGUGGAAACCGAGAGGCGCAGGAGAUCCCAAGAGAGAGUCUUUCUGGCUGCAGAGCACUACCAACAUCCGAGCUGGGGGUCCCAGACGGUGAUGGCCUGGUUCCGCUUGCUGACCCUCCACUCAAAACAGGCGCGGUGGAGCUUCAUAUUGCGCCAGCUGGCUCGACUGAAGAUGCUGACGCAGUGAUAGACUCCAUCUUGAAUGAAAACCAGCCGGUGACCCAGAGCGAUCCUUUGCUAGACAGGGAGGAGAUCCAGGACUUCUUGAACUGCAUCGACGCAAGCCUCGAGGAGUUGCAAGCGAUGCUGUCGGGGAAGAAAUUAAGCUACGCAUCAGAAACGCUUCCUGAUACUUUCAGUCCAGAACUUCCUGUCUUGGAUGUGAGCCUGUCAGAGGCUCCAGCUGGCUUGGAAAAUACAGAAGGUAUGCCAGAAAAUGGAGACGAAGUUGGCAUGAAUGAGCAGGGAUCAGCGGAGAAGAACGACAUGCAGGUGAUCCAGUACCGGGGGAACCCGUUGCUUUUGCUGUUUGAAGAGCCUGCUUCCGGCGACAACGCGUGCCAGCGGGGCGAGGCCGAAGAGGUUGUCCCGGAGAGCGGGGGCCCUGUUCCUCUUGGCCAAGAGAGCCCUCAGUUGCUGCUGGACCCCGGAAGCCAAGCAGGCGUGAGCUUUCCUGAGCUGCCGCUGGAGCAGCCUCUCCUCUCAGAGGACGCCAGUGGGGACUCCAAACUGUUUCCCCUCCUGCUGCUCAGCCCUGUUGCAAAUUUCAUAGAAGAAGCCUCAGAAAUAGAGACGUCUUGAGACCCGCCCAGCCGCGAAUCCGGAGGAAUUCAGAGAACUGUUUCCGGGCUGAAAGAAAGAAAGACUCGGGAAUCUACUGUGAGGGAGGGACUGCUUUUCCUUCAUUCUCCAGCUUGAUACUUAGGUGGAAAAGGAAGGGUCGUUUUUACCAAACUGGGCAGUUCAAGGAAGGCAGUGGCUGGUCCUGAGCUGUGUCGCACUGAUUUUUUAAAAAAAUAAGGCAGAGAACAUUAGUCUUCCGUCUGCCCUCAGAUUAUUUUAUAUACACGUACCCUGUUUCCCCAAAAAUAAGACAGGGUCUUAUAUUAAUUUUUGUUCCAAAAAUGCAUUAGGGCUUAUUUU